UCUCUCCCUCUCUCUCUCUCCCACCCUCUCUCUCUCUCUCCUUCACUCUCUCUCUAAUUGACUUCUAUUGCAUUUCCUCUGCAGUCUGGUACAGCUCAGUUUUUCCCAGAUUCUCUGCUGUAGGACGGAAAACAGGAGUCUGUCUCUGUUGUUUUCACUUUCUCUGCUCAGAAACCGUCAAUCCUGCAAAGCUGUGAAUAACUUAUUGACUGAAAGCGAUGACCCCUCUCCAGCCCUGGACUCUCGCCCUCCUCUUUGUUUUGCUGGUGAACUGUUCAUAUCCACUGGACGAUAAUAAGAUUCCCAGUGUCUGCACUGGAAGCCCAGGUAUCCCAGGAUCCUCGGGGUUAAACGGCAGCCCAGGGCAGCCGGGGAGAGACGGAAGAGAUGGGCGAGAUGGACAGGUGGGAGAAAGAGGUGAAAGAGGAGAACGAGGAGAACCAGGACAUCCAGGUGAGAGGGGUCUGACAGGAGACAGAGGUGAUCCAGGUGAGAAGGGUCAGAUGGGGCCCCCUGGAGAAUGUGCUGUGGCCCCCAAAUCAGCGUUUAGCGCCAAACUGAGCGAGUCCCGCAGCUCCCCGCAGGCAGUGGGAGAAGCAGUGCGCUUUAAUAAUAUCGUACUGAACGAGCAGGGCGAUUAUAACCCUGAGACAGGACGCUUCACCUGCAGGGUCCCGGGGGUCUAUUACUUCUCCGUCCACGCCACCGUCUACCACUCCAGCCUGCUGUUCGACCUCAUGAAGAACGGAAACGUGGUGGCCUCCUACUUCCAGUUCUUCGGGAACUGGUCCAAGCCGGCCUCGCUGUCUGGCGGCACGCUGAUGCACCUCAUACCUGGUGACCAAGUGUGGGUUCAGAUGGGGAUGCAGGAGUACACUGGAUUCUUUUCCAGCUCCAAGACGGACAGCACCUUCACUGGCUUCCUGGUUUACUCAGACUGGAAAAACUCGGCUGUUUUUGCCUAGAAUUCAGCGACACGCUGCUUAAAAUACUCAAAACUAAUGAUCACCAGCUAACAGCUAAAAAUAAACCAGCGGCAGAAACUCACA